AUGGCGGACACAAUGACGCCGACAGUGAUGUCGGAAGCGAUGCAAAUCAAUACCUGUCCGGUGGAUAGGAAACGGUUUACCAUAAUCUGUGUGCGUCGAGAGAUUGGCAGUGCUAUCAUUAUGAAGAUACCGAUCGUUCAGAAUGUGGUGCCAGACAUGGAUGCGGUGCCGGAAGACGUGACAUACUGUGAGAUCUGUGGCCGAUGUGAUCGUGAAGACCGCCUCCUGUUGUGUGACGGUUGCGAUUUUGGCUAUCAUUGCGAAUGUCUUUCCCCUCCCAUUGAGACGAUUCCCAUCGAAGAGUGGUUUUGUGCGGACUGUUAUCAACGACUUUUCGGCGAUACUAGCGAUCCAUUGGCCGAACGGCGGCGUCAAAGACGCGCAAUCGCUCGCACGGGUGCUUCCGAAGCGGUUCGGCAACGAAUACUACAGCGACGACAACCAAACAACGCAACCGCACAACGAAGACCUGCCAUCAGAAGACGAAAGCGGAGGACAACUACGAAACGUAAACGUAAGUCAACUAAACGUAAGACAAAGACAACGAAAACGGGUAUAAAAGGCCGAAAGAAACGCCGCACUACUCGACGACGUAAGAAAAGGAGGACUAGAAAAUCGGCUUUUGCUUCCCGAAGGCUACCGGCGCCCAAAGACGCCCGAACUCGCAUUGCCUCCAAAUUAGGUAUAGGACCGCCGCCUAAAUCUCCUUACGGUUUGCCAUCGAUGAAGAACUUGGCGUACGAAUCAAUUCGCAAAAUAACCGACUUGAGAGCGGCCGCCGGUAUCUCACAUCUAUCCAUAUUUGGUACCGAACUCGACACUUACGACCCAAGAGUACAGACUGUGGACGACGAUUGUAAUAAUGCUUUCAUAGGUGACGCCUCUUCGGCAACACGGUCAGUCAUCGCCGGCUAG